AUGAACAGUGCAGAAAAUAAAACUGAGCUAGUUGCGAAGAAAAGUGACGGUACAGUUGGUGAAGAAAUGCCAGAAUUGCCACAGAAAAAAUUCUACCGACAAAGGGCUCAUGCGAAUCCGAUCAGUGAUCAUGAAUUUGAUUAUCCGAUUUUACCUGAACAGAUGGACUGGAAGAGUUAUUUUGGCGAUUUCAGCGAAGGACGUCAGGUAGAGUUUGUUGAUAUUGGUUGUGGCUAUGGAGGUUUGCUGAUUAAACUUUCUGCUUUAUAUCCAGAAACUCUGAUGGUUGGGUUGGAGAUUCGAGUCAAAGUUAGCGACUAUGUGCAAGACAAAAUUCUUGCUCUGCGCGUGCGAGAACCAGGAAAAUACCGAAAUGUAGCAUGUCUUCGAACAAAUGCAAUGAAAUAUUUACCAAAUUACUUCCGUCGACAUCAGCUUACCAAGAUGUUUUUUCUCUAUCCAGAUCCGCAUUUUAAGAAAGCGAAACAUAAAUGGCGAAUUAUCACACCAACUCUAAUAGCUGAAUAUGCUUAUGUUUUGGAACCAGGAGGGAUGAUUUAUACGAUAACAGAUGUUGAAGAAUUGCACAUUUGGAUGGUGAAGCAUAUCUCAGCUCAUCCUUUAUUUGAACGUUUAACCGAUUUGGCAAUGAAAACGGAUCCAAUUGUAGAAAUGCUUUACGAUAGUACGGAAGAAGGCCAAAAAGUAACACGUAAUGAAGGAUCAAAGUGGCCUGCCCGUCCAUGUCCAAUAUCCGACGAAGAAUCAUUGGGUGAUAUGGGCAUUUGUGAUUGUGAUAUUGAUGAAUCAGUGAGUGGAACAUUUGGAGUUAUGGGUUAUAAUCCACUUCAAGAAGCUCUUGAAAAUAAGUCGUAUUUUCGCUUAUUAGCAGAAUGUCGCACAGUGAAGGAUUGGUUGCUUGGAAUUGGCGCAUUGAUUGGGUCCGCAUUGUUUGGAUAUUACGUUGGAGUUCUGUUGUCAAAAAAGAAAGCUCGCGUCAACAAUAAAAUCAAACUUUCCACUGAUAAAGUGGCGGAAACAGUUGAUUUAGAAGAUAUCGGUGAGCAGGAAGUAUUCUGUCGAUGCUGGAAAAGCAAUAAUUGGCCUUAUUGUGAUGGUAGUCACAACAAGCACAACCAGGUCACUGGUGAUAAUGUGGGACCGCUCAUUGUGAAGAAAACUCGAGCAUAA